UCAUUACAUAAUAUGUACAUGAUAUAAGGAAAGCGGUGAUACAGUUAUAUGUAUAUAGUCAUGUAAUUGUCAAUAUUUUUGUACGAGUAAUCGAAGAAUAUUUUAUGCUUAUCAGACUUGAGCACAAAUCAAAUAUGAUCAAAAUAAGACAAGAUCGGGGAAAGCACAUGCAUAUUUAACGUAAAUGCUUUCAUGAUGAAAUGUAUAUGAUAUUAUCUUUAGAUUAAAAAUUGCCUAGUCAGAGACGAGUCAUCUACGAUUUACUCAUCAUAAGCAAAUAAUCGCUCGACUACGAUCUAUGUUAUCAGUUUGUCAAACGUUUCUUAGUAGCCAUCUGCUACGUGUUGCCUAAUAUUUUUGUACAUAUUUUGAUAUACUAUGCUGUCGCAAAACGUAUUAGUACGCACUGGAAAUAUACUUUCCUUGAAUGAGGCAAAAACAAAAGCAAGUCAAAAUCCCACAGACGAGUUAAUAGAAAUAUUGAAGAUUGUGCUUCGAGAUAAUAAAGGUAGUGGUGAAAAUCCAGUGAUCAUUCAAGGAGUUGAAGACAAUUCUUUAAAAGAUAUUAAUAGAGAAGAUGUUAAAAUAACUGUAAAAGUAUUUCUUUCUUCACCUGAUGUAAAUUUAUUAAAAGAAGCAAUAGAUCAAGUUUGCAAUGCUCUAAAUAUAAGUGCAAUUGAGUCUUUGGUGAUUGCAUAUUCAGACAAAGAAAGUCCUGAAGAAUUAUUAACAUCUUUGAAACAUUUAUGGACUGGAGUAGAAGAAUAUGUUAAAAUUGGUAAAUUGUCAAGUGUUGGCCUAAGUGAUAUCAGUACAAAUGUAUUUAUUGAUCUAUUUCAAUGGGCAACUAUAAAGCCAAAUAUUGUACAAAUUAGUUUAGCCACAUGUUGUGUUGUACCACCAGCUCUGCAGGCAUUUACUAAAGAAAAUGAUGUUCAAUUAUUAACUCACAAUGAUCCUGGACAAAUUCUUCCAGAAGAAGAUCUAAAUGAACUAUUCAAUGCUGAAACAAGUUUGUAUUGGGUGACAAGAUAUCAGAUACAUUUAAAAUGUCGUGGUAUUUUAUCUUCAAAGGGUUAUCUGGUAUAUGUUAAUAAGACAAUAAUUUAAUGUUAUUAUGCAAUAAUAGCUAAUAAUUUUAAUGAUACGUACUGCUUUAGUAUUCAUAACAAUGCAUUCAGUUUUAAUGUAUUAUACACAUAUUGAUUUACUAUUGUACUUGUAACAAACUUAUAAUUACCUCACAGUUACAAUAACUAUUUAAUUUAAUAUCGUUAA